AUGCUUCCUUCAGAAUAAUAAUCUUGUUUGGAUUCCUAUGGACCUUGCGUAUCAUAUGGGGAUUCUACAUACUUGUGGAAUUAUUUUUUCAAUAUGUUCCAAUAGUGCUCGACAAACAUAAAUGUGGAAAUUGCAGAAUUUUAUGAGGAGAUAGAAAAUUGUGAAUGUGUUGCAGAGACAGAUAUUGAAAAGAUAAAUGUUACUUAAUCAUAUGAAACUUCAAUAGAUGUUAAGUAAUUCCACAAUUGUUCAUUAAGAAUCACUUACGGAAACAUCUAAUAAAAACAAUUAGAUUACUUAGAUGUGGUUGUUCGAGAUUUACAAUUUAUCAAUUGUAUGUAAAAUUUAAAAUAAGAAAAAUAUCACUCAAGCUGUUAAGAAUGUGAUGGUCCACUAAGUAUCAUUGCUUAACUUAUUCUGUGGCAUCAAAAAGGAUAUAUACUUCAGAAGUUAAAUAAUGUGCUUGUACAUACGGAACAAUUGAUGAUAAUAAUGUAUGCUUUGAUUAUUUGGACUAAAAUUUAAAUUGAGUAGGCUACUUUGAAUUUAAUGGAGAUUGUAAAAAUGUUUAAUAUAUUCAGUAUUAUUGUUUAGCCCUUUAGGAAUCUAAAAGGUUUCUUAGUUUCUGUUGAAUGUUUUAGAAAUGUAAAUACAUGGAGCCAAUCACCAAAUUGCGAAACAAUUUUAGUGCUCACUAAAACAUCAGGUAUAAAUAAAUCACUUUAUCUGCAAUCGAAAAUUUUAAUUUUUAUGACUCUUCUGAUAUUAUCGCUACUAAUAUCCCUAAUUAUGACAGUUUUGGGAUUAGUAUUCAAGAUGAUAUUCCCUUGUAUUAGCAUUUUAGAUUUAGCACUUAAAUUUUCAUUUCUUUUUGUAAUACAUUUGAACCCACGAUGUAUGAUUAACAUUUAUGUUAUGUUUACAAUUACGAACUUUGCUUGAGUUGCAGUUUAAAAAUAAAUAACGAUUUUUUGUGUUUAAAAUGUUAAGAUCAAUAUUAACUUGGUGUUGGUAAACGUAAAGAUAGUGAAAAUUUUAAUUAUGCAUCAUGUUUUGUACAUUAAAAAAUUGCCUGUAUUGUUUUGAAUAUAGAGAUUAUAUGUGGAUUGAUGAGCUUAGCAUCUAAUACAAAAAUUUAUUUCAGUGAGACUGAGGUCAUAUUGGUUGUAUGCUAUGUGGAAAAGAUUAUAACUUUAAUUUCAAACUUGGAAAAUGUUUAAAAUAUUUUCCAUCAAUAAAGAAUUGGGUGA